AUGGGUUCUGAGCGUGAGAACAAGACGUUCCUCGCGAGGCUCUGCGAGCAGGCCGAGCGCUACGAUGAAAUGGUCCUCUACAUGAAGGAAGUCGCCAACAUUGGCGGCGAGCUCACCGUCGAUGAGCGCAACCUCCUGUCCGUCGCGUACAAGAACGUUGUCGGUACCCGCCGUGCUUCCUGGCGCAUCAUUUCCUCUAUCGAGCAGAAGGAGGAAUCCAAGGGCUCUGACGAGCACGUCACCAUCAUCCGCGAUUAUCGCCAGAAGAUCGAGACCGAGCUGGAGAAGGUCUGCCAGGAUGUCCUGGAUGUUCUGGACGAGUCCCUGAUCCCGAAGGCCGAGACCGGCGAGUCCAAGGUCUUCUACUACAAGAUGAAGGGUGACUACCACCGCUAUUUGGCUGAGUUCGCUUCCGGCAACAAGCGCAAGGUCGCUGCUACCGCCGCCCACGAGGCCUACAAGAACGCCACCGAUGUCGCCCAGACCGAUCUCACUCCCACCCACCCCAUCCGCCUUGGUCUCGCACUGAACUUCUCCGUCUUCUACUACGAGAUCCUCAACUCGCCCGACCGCGCAUGCCACCUCGCCAAGCAGGCCUUUGACGACGCCAUUGCUGAGCUCGACUCUCUUUCUGAGGAGAGCUACCGCGACAGCACCCUCAUCAUGCAGCUCCUGCGGGACAAUCUCACCCUCUGGACCUCGUCCGACGGCAACGAGGGCGAGGGUGCCGCUCCCAAGGAGGACAAGCCCGAGGAGGAGGCUGCCGCCGCCCCUGCCGAGGUGACGGCCGAGGAGACCGAGCCUGUCCAGGCCUCGUCUUAA